GGAGAUAAAUAACCUGUUUCUGCUUAUUCAUCUGUAUGAGUAUGCUUAGCGUAAUGUAACGGCUAAUAACCGGCUAAUGCUAAUCCGUUCGUUUUCUGGGAGGAUGGUCACUAUGGCAACACGUUUAAGUCGCGUUGAGUGCGUUCACGAGUGAAAUCAGCUUCGUGAUGAUGUAUGUCAAGCUGAAAUAACGACAUUUUAGUGUUUAUUUUAGGAACACGGUCCUCGGGAGGUACAGGGUGAAAAGUUCAGAUGAGGAAAAUGUCUCCUUUUGGAGUUUUUUCCCCCCUCAGACGGCGAUGUCGCAAAGUCUCGCGAUAUUUAGAAUGUGCUUACAGUUCGUGGAGGCAGGAACUCUCGCGAUAUUUAAGAACGGUUGAAAAGAAUGGAGAGAAUAAAUGUUAAAUAUCCUGUUGAUUGAAGUGAUAUGAAGGAAAAAAUAAUGAAAAUAGGUAAGGAUGAAUGGCGCGAGAGGGACGAGAAGGAAAACAUAAAGGUGAAAAGAUGGAAUGGAUAGAGAGAAAGAAUAAGAGAGAGAGGGUGAGAAGGAGAGAGAUGUUGAGGGAAAGAAAAGGAAGAAUGGAGCAACGGAAGAGAGAAUGAAUAAAAGAAGAGUGAAAGAGUGUGAGACAUUGAAAUAAAACGAGCAAUGGAGGAGAGCAUGAAUUAAAAAGAAGAGAGAGAGAGAGAAAAAAAAGAGGCAGGUUGAACAGAGAAAGAAUAAAUUAAAUAGAAAUAUAGGAGAAGGAAAAGAAAGUAGGAGAGACAGAAAGGGAGCCGAAAACGGAAAGAGUUGGAACAGGAGGGAAGAAAUGAAUUAAAAACAAAAGGGAGGGGAUUGUGGUGGAGAGAGAGAGAGAAGGAAGAGCAAGUGUAUUCUCAUCAGAAUGACUUCCAAUGUGCAAGCUCCGCCUUCAGACUUUAGGCCAUGCCCCCUGUUAUGAGGGGAAGCAGCUCGAUGGAAUUUGGCACACGUCCAUCGUGGUGUUCGGAGAGGAGUUCUUCUUCGGAGGUGUAGGGAUCUCCAGCUGCCCUCCGGGCGGGACGAUGCUCGGGCCACCCGAUACAGUAGUGGAGUUGGGCAACACGGAGGUGAACGAGGAGAUCUUCAUGGACUACCUGUCCUCACUUGGAGAAACCACAUACAGAGGGGAGAGAUACAGGUUGUUUGAGCAUAACUGUAACACCUUCACUAACGAAGUGGCUCAGUUUCUGACAGGCCGAAAGAUUCCUUCUUACAUCACAGACCUGCCGUCUGAAGUGCUCUCCACGCCGUUUGGUCAGGUCCUGAGGCCGAUCCUGGACUCCAUCCACAUUGCGCCCCCUGGUGGCAGUGUUAUCAACAGCCAGAAUAAUCACAGCUAGGUCUCUUUCACCAGCUCCACACACACACCCCCCCCCCACACACACAGUGGCAGCUUGUGUUUGUGUUUAAACAGUCAUGUUGGGUUGAGACUCGGGGAUCAGUUGUAUGCUGAACAGACACACGGCUCCGAUCCUCGGCUCUGAUCCUCACUCUGCAGUCCUGAAGCCACAGUCAGGGAUCUCAUUACUCCAUCUCACUGUACACCGAGCUGCCGUUUCAUCAGGUCCACCACCACUGACUGUACUGUACACUACAGGAUUGGCAUAGGUCUACCCCAUCCAUGAAUUUGGGGAGUGGGGGGGUGGGGGGGUGGGACAACCACUGACCACCAUGUGAUGUGCGUCCACGUCAUUCAAAUGUCUCUGUUUCACUGGGUAGCAUUUAACUCUAGUAAGAAACCAUGUUCAGUGUCAUCAGACACCAUUAUACAAACCAUUUGUUUACUAUGGGACAAAUCAGUUGAAUCACUUACAAUUGUUAACUAUGGGUUGAAUCAGUUGAAUCAAUUGAAUCACUUACAAUUGAAUCACUUACAAUUGUUUACUAUGGGAUGAAUGACUUGAAUCAUUCAUAUCAGUCAAAUUACUUACAUUUAUGUACUUUAUUAAUCCAUGAGGGAAAUUGUUAAUCAGUUGAAGUCAGACAAAUUAUUCAAAUCUCACACAUUUACGAGAGAAUCUACCAAAUCCCUUACGAUUUUCAGCUAUGAGAUAAAUCACAUGAAUCAAUCAAAUCACUUACUUCCUCGAUUGGACUGACCGUUUGAUCAGCCAUGUUUGUGAAAAGAAUGAUAGGAUUGGCUUCAUUGUAAAGGACACAAUUUUUCCGCCGUUUUCCUGCCUUCUGAUUGGAGCACAGUGAUGAUUCAGGUGGUGUUGAUUCUUAGUACAGCAGUGACACUGAUGUGGAAGUAUGUGUGGCACAGGUACGAGUGUUUAUAUAAAAGUAACAGAGUGGCUGCAAGACUUGUGUACUUAAUAAUAAUCUGUGUGUGUAUAAAAAUGAAUCCCUGAUUGUGGCACAUACGAUUCAGCCAUGCUGCAUUUUUUAGAAAAUUCUGAAUGUGAUUAAAAUUUCUUGCAAGCAAAUAUUAUCGACAUAAUAGUCAUUGUCUUGUUUUUAAUGCAGCCGGUUCGGCAUGGAAACGGCUUAGAAACAUUGACACGAGCUCCAGCGCUGGCCAUCUUUAAACACACACGACAUAAUAAACAUCUUAUAGCAGCUAUGUUUAUAUUCAGAUAUGUGACUACAGUUUGAACCCAUCCUAUAGUCAGCAAAUGGGUUUUAAAUCGAGUAUUAAUUAUAAUUAAAAUGGUUAAUCUAACAAUCUUUAGUAAAUGAAGCCUCUAGUGUUUGAAGUGUGAUUUCUAAUCCUUUUCAGUGUUACACAGUGUUAAAUCUCUCAUGAACUACUGAUCUUUGUCCAUUUAUUUGCACAUUAUUUGAACUCCUGACCUAUUUCCCGUUUUCAGUCACUGCACUUUGUGUUUAAGUUUGUAGUUGCCAUAUUACAGUAUUUUUUUUCUUCAGCAAAGCCAAGGAAAACAAAGAUUAGCACGACUGGACGGACCAUACCGUUACGUUCACAGGGUGUCAGAACCUGGUUUUGUGUUCACGCAGUGUCAUUUGUGAUGCCUGAUUUGGUUUUAACCGAAGAACACCUUUGUCACUUUAUUAUCAUCAUAUUUUAACUUAUCAUUGCAAUUUCUAUUUAUUAAAAAUAAUAUAAUUAAAUGAUCUAUUAUGUUGGCAUAAAUAUUUAUUUGAUGUUAUGAUUUACGCAAUGUGUUACAUGUGUACUCUGUCAUAAUAUGUCUGGAUUUAAUAUAUAUAAUUAAAUUAUACAAACGUAUUCAUCUCAAUAAAGAGAAGCAGCUCUGA